AUCGCCCAGCAAUACAUAUCCCAGAAUCCCACAUACCGAGCGCGAGACUUUCCAUCAUGGCGUUUGGAAAACAUUGAGAGGUUCUAAAAUUUCUAGAUUUCCUUUCUUCUCGUUACUCUCUCCCCUCUUCAGGCCCCUCACCUUCAUCUAGAGACAGUCGAACCUUCAGCUGAUUCACCAUGUAGGGAUCAGUGGAAAGUCGCGAAGUAUGGAGGGUAUAAAAGUAGUUUAUCAGGGUGAAGAAGACGAGGAGUGAUCUUGGCGGGUCCGCUAUGGAAGGGUUGCCGAAGACUGGGCCAGCCCAGCCCGUGGUCGUGGAGGUGGAAGGGCCGCCUGAAGAAGAAGAAGAAACGCAGAGAAAAGAAGGAGACGACGAGUCCCUGUCGUCCUUCCUGACCAGGCAGGAGCUUGGCAAGUAUGCAGACGUGUUUCCAGCGGGGACGACGCUGGGAGACCUCCGUGCGAUGACGGAAGACGACCUCCAGUUCGAGUACCGGGUGACCGAUCCCGCAGGACGGGAGCGCCUGGCCCGAGCCAUCGCCACCGCCAGGAUGGAGGCCGAGGAGCAGGAAGAAACCGAGACAGAGAGGGAAGAGUCGGAUAAUGAGCCACCCCCACCACCACCUCCCCCUCCACCGAAACCCCGAGAACUGCCGCAAGACUUCGCCAGCACCCUCCCCAGGAACUUCAAGUUAGCUCGACAGCUGUCUUCGGACGAUGCUCGGUCUCCUCGCGGGCGGAGGGACAGUCUGGGAGGCGUGCCGGUCCAACAUCUCGGGUUAGAGCGAGGAUUGACUGUUCCGCACCACGGCAGCGGGCACCUUCUGGGCGAGUCGUCCAACCUCCUGCGUAUGAGAACACAGGUGCUGGGGCAGUCCGCACCUUCCCUGGCUUCAAGCAUGAAGGACUUGACUAUCUCAAGACGUGGGAGCAGUUGCGGCCGCGGGAGAAAAGGUCUUCUACCAAACACCUCGCCGACGCUUCCAAGAGCACAUUCUCCAAUCCCUCAUGGAGGCAGCCCAGCAGAUAGUCCGAGAAAUGUCUCCCCAAGUACCCACAGCCAUUUUGUCUUCUCCUCAGUCAAAAGAAUGGAGGGUCGCAGGUGGUCAGUUGCGUCGCUACCGUCGUCUGGGUACGGAACCAAUACACCAAGCUCUGCAGUUUCUAACACGGGGGUUUCGUCUACGGACUCACCAAGUUCAUCCAUAGUGGAACAGGAGUCCCCACAUGCAUUACUGUCUUCCUGCUCAUCACAAGAGAAGCUUCACCAGCUGCCAUAUCAGCCCACAGCGGAGGAGCUACGCUUCCUCACCAAACACUUCAGCAGUAACGAGAGUAAUGGAACCACGGACGAGGACGGGAGGAAGUCGCCAGCCAUGAGACCUCGCUCCAGAAGUCUCAGUGGCUGCCAGAUUCUUGGCUUCACAAGCCGGCUUUACGUGCGCUCUUGCAAAGUCAUCACCUUGCAUGUAGCUGUGAGCUCUGUUUGUCUGCCAGCCUUUGCAUGUUGUUUAGUAGGGCGGGGUGGCCUAGGGGGCCCGGCAAGCUUCCCCUUUCCUAAACACUGGUUUACUUUCCCUAGAGGGGAAAGGACCAUCAGUAGUCCUGGUCGGUCCCCAAACAUGAGUGGUGACAGCGACGUGUUCAUGAUCAACAGUUACUACAAGGAGCGCUUCCCUAAGGCCACCGCUCAGAUGGAGGACCGACUUAAGGAAUUUAUAGACCAGAUAGCAGACAAAAACGACAACUAUGCGGACGGAACGUUCAGCUUUGUCCACCACCAAGUGCUGGAGCUGGCCAGAGACUGUCUGCUGAAGUCACGAGAAGGACUCAUCACGGGGCGCUACUUCUUCGAACUGACGGAGAACUUAGAGAAGCUGAUGAAUGAUGCACGAGAACGGUCGGAGUUUGCCGGUGACAUCGUUAACCUGAUCAAGAAGUUCCUCAUGAUCAUCGCCAGACCUGCUAGACUCCUGGAAUGUCUGGAGUUUGAUCCUGAGCAGUUCUACCAUCUCCUGGAGGCUGCUGAGGGCGUGGCGAGAGAGAACCAAGGCAUCACGUCUGACAUCCCGCGCUACAUCAUCAGCAAGCUGGGCCUCACCAGGGAUCCUAUCGCAGAAAUCCUUGCCUACCCUAUGUUAGAAGUCAACCACAACUGUUUUGUCAUCCCAGAAAUGAGCGACUUGUCCAACUUUGAUGUGGACACAGACAGCGGACGACCCGACACUCCGGACACCGACGAAACCUCCGCUAGUGAGGCGGCCAGCGAGACAACCUGUGCUGGCAAGCAGCUGUCUAUGGAGGUCACAGAGAAGAAACCCAGCGAAGACGACUUUGAGACAGUCAAAUUGAUCAGCAAUGGAGCUUACGGAGCUGUGUACCUAGUUCGACACAAGGAGACCAAACAGCGCUACGCCCUGAAGAAAAUCAACAAGCAGAACCUGAUGCUGAGAAACCAGAUCCAACAGGCCUUCACUGAGAGGGACAUCCUCACAUUUGCUGAGAACCCGUUUGUGGUCACCAUGUACUGCAGCUUCGAAACAAAGAAACACCUGUGUAUGGUGCUAGAGUAUGUAGAGGGCGGUGACUGUGCGACCCUGCUGAAGAACAUGGGACCACUGCCUGUGGACAUGGCCCGCAUGUACUUUGCGGAGACCGUCCUCGCCGUGGAGUACAUCCACAGCUAUGGGAUCGUCCACCGCGACCUGAAACCAGACAACCUGUUGAUUACGUCCAUGGGGCACAUCAAGCUGACGGACUUCGGUCUGUCCAAGAUGGGUCUGAUGAGCCUGACUACCAACCUGUAUGAGGACACGCUCGACCCCAAACAGUUCACAGACAAGCAGGUGUGCGGCACACCUGAGUACAUCGCACCGGAGGUCAUCCUCAGACAAGGUUAUGGAAAGCCAGUUGACUGGUGGUCCAUGGGGAUUAUCCUGUACGAGUUCCUGGUCGGCUGUGUGCCCUUCUUCGGAGAAACACCCGAGGAGUUGUUUUCACAGGCUGUCAAUGAUGAGAUAGUCUGGCCAGAAGGAGAAGAAGCUCCCCCAGACGAUGCCAAGGACCUCAUCACAAGACUGUUGGAACAGAAUCCGGUGGAGAGACUUGGCACGACGGGCGCGUACGAGCUCAAGGAACACGAGUUCUUCGCUGACCUGGACUGGACCAUGCUGCUGCGUCAGAAGGCUGAGUUUGUGCCCCAGUUGGACGACGAUGAAGACACAAGUUACUUUGACACUCGACAGGAAAGAUACAACCACGAAAUGGAGUCAGGUGAAUCAGAGGAGGAGCAGUACCCAGACCUGAGCAACUUCUCCUCCUGCUCUCCUCGGUACCAUCGCAGCUACAGCAGCUCCGACCGCCUCUCCAUGUCAUUGGACGGGAAGAGCAGCAGCAUGGAGAGACUCACCACCGAGGAGACGCCGACGGGCGGUCGCGGAGUCGAGCGCAGGAAGGCCAUCAAGGACAGGAGCAAGAGCGAAUCAGAGCUAGCCAAAGAGACGAAGAGAGCGGAGCCUAAACCAGACACUUCACUAAGGGAGGUUGACAGGCCAUCAGACAAGGAGGACACGUCUAAGCAGCAAGCAGCCGACAGUUCCCAACCAGGAGACUCAGAUAAGGGAAGCAGAACAGACAGUGUCAGCAGUACUGGCAGUGUGGAGCCCAGAGAGAGCACGCCAAAGGCCAGUGACAAGGAGGCGGAGCUUGGUGCAGUCGGAGGUGUCAGCUCUCCAGAAUGCACUCCAAAGUUCAGACCAAGAGCGACAGACUCCUCCCAGACGGAGAGCGAGAGCUCGCCCCCCAUCACGGUGCGGCGGAGGCGGUUCAGCUCGCGGGACACCCUCCCCAGACUGGCCAUCUCUAUGGAGGAUGAGGACAGUUGCUUCCUGAAGAAAGGAAAACCAGCUAGGGAGCCCAUCGAGCUACCUGUACCAGACAUUCGCCACAGGAAGCCCAGUGGGGACCGUGAGCUGAUCGACCUGGUGAACAGGGUGGCAGGACGGAACAUCCCCAUGAUCAAGUCUGCCUCUGCUACAGCACUGUCUCUGCUCAUACCCUCAGAUGAAAGAGGCCUGCCCCAGCCCCUGCAGUCACCCAGCUCUACCCCCAGCUCUCGGGACGUGUCCCCAACAAGGGAGUAUUCCCCCCUGCUGGAGAGUCUGAAGGCCCCCAUGGUCAUCAAGAAGGGCCCACGGGGGUUCGGCUUCACCCUCCGUGCCAUCCGGGUCUACAUGGGAGACAGUGAUGUCUACACUGUGCACCAUCUGGUCAUGGCUGUUGAUGAGAAGGGACCAGCAUAUGCCGCCGGGCUGAGACCAGGUGACCUGAUCACGCAGGUCAACAACGAGCACGUGCAGGGACUCCUGCACACCCAGGUCGUACAGCUCAUCCUUAGAGAUGGCAACAAGGUCACCAUCCAGGCCUGCCCCCUGGAGAAAACCUCCAUAAAGGCAGGCGGGAGGAAGAGGGUUCCGUCGGCCUCCAAGAUGAUGCGGAGACGGAAGAAGAAGUGGAAGAAGGAAGGUGGGGCGGAGAAGAAGCGACGUAGCUCCAUCUUCAGAAGACUGAGCAGUAAGAGGGGGAGCACAGACUUCCACCACAUGCAUCCGCAGGUGGAGAAGCAUCGACACGGCAUCCCCACCCUCACGCAGAGCAAGAGCGUGGGGUUUCUCAGUCGGUCCUUGUCGUCAAACGAAAGCCUGCCGGGAUCGCCGACAAGACCGCAGAAAUCGCCUCGGUCUCCCCCUCACUACCGCUCACCACCCGACUCUGCUCACUCGACAACAACAAACUCCUCCCAGAGUAGCUCCCCUAGCUCCAGCGUGCCCAACUCUCCGGCUAACUCUGCGCACUUCCCCCGUCCGAGUUCCCUACACGGACUGAGUCACAAACUGGCCAGAACAUUCCGCUCCCCACGGAGGAAGUCGGUAGGACACAUCCCGUUGUCGCCCCUGGCGAGGACGCCGUCCCCGUCUCCUAGUGCGACAUCUCCCACGCGGAGCCCGAGCCCGCUGACACUCGUUAGUAAUCAUCCCGGAAUCUCGAACACGACUCAGUCCUUCCCCGUCCAUAGUGCAACGACAGUCACAGUGGCUACACCCAGUGGGAAGCAUGUGACAAGACCAAAGAGUGCUGACCCGCCGGGGUCUCCCCUUUUACGAAGGGCAUUGUCCCCAGAUAAACCGCUGAGCUCUGCCAGUGGAAGUGGGACGAGUGUCAGCGGAGGAAGUGGGGACGAAACCUACCCCAGCGGUGCCAAGAGGAAAGGGAGCGGCAAGAGGGAUAGCAAAAGCUUGUGGCAGGAGAGAAAGCAGCUGUUCAAGUCCAGUGGCGAGUCGAGCGACAAGAGUGACAAAUAGACACAUAUUCCGUGAAUGAUGUAACCUUUUGUGAUGUGUCUGAAAAUUCAUUUGACAUUCUUCCAGCGUGACAGUUCAAGUACAUGUAGAUACAUUGUGACUGACCUUGCAUUUACAUCUGUGCUCUACACCAUGGAUAACGCCUGCUCCGAAAGUGCAGGGACAUCUUGCACGGUUGCAGCUGGGGGCUGCUACAUUCUGAGUGUUUUCUGUAAAUAUUAUUUCGCACAAAGGGAACUGCUGUAUAGCGCAGGAGCUGCUGAUGUACAGAGGCAAGGAAAUAAGUUGGUCAAGCCACCGACAUGGCAUCCAGAAGUAAUUGUGGUGCCAUUUAGGAGCAUGUGAUGAAGAAACGUCAUGGAGUGUAGUCUUCAAGAGGAGUGAAGCCAGAUGUGAAAAAAAAAAUACCUGAUCAGCAUUUCUUCCUUUGGCACAAUAAAGCCAAUCUGUAUGCAGAUAGAUACAAUGUGGCCAAAAAACAAACUCUAUCUAAAGCUUUACUUUGCCUUUUGGGGCUCCAACAGGCUUAGCUCAAACUUGUCCUGAAGGAAGAAAUGCUCUUAAGAGUGUUAAGAGGCCUUGGUAAAGGCCAUGAUUAAGGGCAUAAGGUAAGACAGUAAGUAAAGUAGCCUAUGAUGCCUUGGCUAACCCUUAAUGUAGCAUGAAGAGGUCCUUCCCAUUGCUGUGAAGACCAAUGAACAUGUAAAGGGUUUAGUGGGGUAAAAAAAAUAUAUGAUAAUCGCUGCUUGGUGAGUCCAGAACAACUGGAGGGUUACCGUGCAAGGGAAAGGUGCUGAGAUUAUGCAGGAAGUUACGAGAUACGUUAAUGAAAAUGCCCAAAUACGCUACACAAAAGUAACUACCAUUCCAACUGUAGUUCAUUCCUUGUCUCUCCAGAAGCUUUGGAUGUUCUGUAUUUAUCUCACCCCCACCCUCCUCCGAGAUCUGUGUCUGUAGUACACUUUCCAUAGGAACUAUGUCUAAAACUGCAAAGAACAUACACGUAAGUCUGUAGGGUGUAGGCUUUUAGAACACUUGUACUGCUGUAAGUCAUUGCAAUGGUGGGUGUAACACGCAAGAGAAAUCCAUGUGCAAUUAUUACUGGUGUAGCGUUUGCCACUGAAGUUAACUCUGAAGAUGUAGGCACUGUUGUCUUUGCCAUUAUGUUAGCACAUACAAACAUGUACCUUAUUUUGGAACUUGUACCCUAGGUCUAGUCAUCAUUUUGGCUUUUUAGACCUACGAAAAUUAUUUUUCUUCAUUAUAUUACAGUAAAGUUUUACCUUUUCACAUUCACAGUCAAGACAACUCCAAAACUACAUGUAAUGCCAACAUAACAACAAGGGUUUGAAGAGCUAUGAAUUUGUGUAACAUUUUGCAUGAAUCUAAUUUAAAUCCUUACAACUAUAAGUGAUGGUUUUUCAAAAAGUGACCAUUUCAAUGCAACCAGUUGCUGUACAAAAUAGUGGCAAAGGUAGUGCCUACAUCUCUUAUGGCCUUUGCUUAGCUGCUUGCAUGCCUUUGACCAUAAAUGAUGCUGCAAAGAUUAAAAACUGUUAUAGAUCAACUCUGUACAAGAACAAAGCUUUACUCUACUUUAAGUAAUAGUCUUUUUUUUGUGCAAAUAUAUGCAUGUAAACUCCUAGUACAUCAGACAUGUUGUGACAAGUGACAGUAUAUUACUACAUCUACUGUAUUCCGGAAAAUAUUAUUAGGCACUUAAGAGUACUACAGACUUUAUACAAAAUAGGGCCAAUCUACUGGCCCACAGAACAGAAUAUUGUGGUGGUCUAACGUAACAGAUGAUAUAUAGGAAAAUGUAGUAGAUGUUUUCCUUGGCAAGAUGGGCCAAGUCUGUAUCCACACACAAAAGCCUUGUGUGAGGAUCUAAGAUUGUACAUUGUAGGUUUUGUAUCCAUGAUACAGGGUUCUCUAACAGGGCCAGGCAGUGUGUGUGUGUGUGUUGGGUUCCUGAUAUGUGCUGUGCUGCUGACAUUUUUGGUGUUCUUGAUGUUGUUCUUCUACUGCUAUGCAACUAAUAAUUGACCUAACAUUCCUGCCCACAGGCGUAACAAUGUCAAAGACGUAACCAGUGAAAUGUUGUCAACUGGCCUUGGUUGCUGUCAUAUGUUUUGCCUGAUUUUACCUCUUUUUAAACUUUUCUAUUGCGAUAUUGUUCUGCAUUGCUACUGUAGUACGAGUCUUUGUAAAACACAAAGUAGAUCAGUAUACAACUGUAGUAGUCAAUACACCAGAGAAAGAUUUUAUUCUGUCAGAAAUUUUGGUUCACAGUAUGAUGGCGUAAUAAUUUAGAAACAGGUAUAUAAUAAUUCUAUUGCUCACUUAAGAAACAGAUUCAGUGUAAAGAAAGACUGAAAUGUUGUCUACAUCUGAAAUGUGGAAGCCUGAGACAUUAAGGCUUAUAGGAAAACACACACUUUCUGUGAUUACAAUUUACUUGUGUAAUGUAAGUUCCAUUUUGUUCAUACCCCAAGAGAUGUGCUGCAUUUGCUAUAUGGUAUCACUGUACAAGUAUGUACAUUAUAGAAUUUCUUGUGAAAAACAUCGGUGGUACUACGUAAAAUAUCUAUUGGUGGUGGAUAGAAGAGUUAUUCAGCAUAUUCAAUAUCAAUGUGCAAAUAUUGGGAGCGACACAUUUGCUCCGUUAUUUCUGAGUUUAAAUGUGAGGUGGUUCCAUCUUACUUUGUGUAUAUAGGUAACUUUGAUACUUCUGACCCAUGUACAAUGAUUCAAUAUGGCCAUAGGUGCUUUGUACUGUGCAUAUUAAUAUUAUGGGAAAGUGGAGAAUCUAUGAAUCAAUAAAGUGCUGUGGUGAGAG